AUGUUGAAGGUCACCUCCAUCGUCCAUGCCUACGAUGGCCUGUCAUUAGUCACCCCCGCAGUUGCCAGUCCAUCCGACUUGGACGUACUGCGCAACUUUAUUCACGAAAGCCUCCCAACAGGUACUCCGUUUGAGGUUGCGCUCCCAUUGUCGACAUAUUUUAUAAAGAUCCUCAAUGUUCCUUACUUCGAUCCGAAGGGGUUGAAGAUCACCCAGGAGGCGCUUGAAAAGGCUCUCCGUACCUCGGUUCAUGCUGAGGUCUUCGCAUAUCUGAGCACCAAGCCUCGGAUCGACCGCAACUCGGCGCACUCGACAUCGUGCACCGUCUACUGCAACAUCUGGGACUCCCAGCAGGGAACCCGUGCCAAGAAGGCCCUUGGCCAACCGAUUUUCCUUGCUGGACGGUCCUGCGCAAUCAGGCCCGCCGCAAGACACACCGGGGUCCCACUAUGCCAGCGCUGCUGGAAGUGGGGCCACCCCACCGUCGCCUGCAAGGCGAAACAACUCUCCUGCCCCAUCUGUUCAGGUCCGCACGAGCAGAAGGAGCACCGUCAACAUGCGGGAUGUUGCAAGGGCAACACGAAAGCGAAGCCCCCUGUGCCGCCCACCCCUGCCCCCAUAAGGGCCGCUGUGUCAACUGCCACAAGGACCACACUGCCAACUCGGCGUCGUGCAAGUUCUGGGCCCAUCGCUACGACCGUGAGUGGAUCAUGGCCGAGUAUCGUCAGACUAAUGUUGGGAAACCAACAGGAUCUAAAUAAUACUCUUCUAGAAAUUUGUAAAACAAAAUUUGAUAUUUUAUUCUUCCAAGAAACCCCUUGGAAUUUCAUAAGACAUGCACCGUCCACCACUAGUAUGGAGGGCAAUGAGGUUAUCGGUGCACCAAAGCAUCUGGACUGGCUGCAGGUGGUGCGCAUUAAGGAAGGGGAAGUUCCCUGUGUGAUCGCCUAUGUUUCAACUAGGCUAUCCCACUAUCAUCCUGCUAUGCACUGCAACAUCAUCGACCAUCAUGACAUUCUCGUUCUCUCCCUCUUUAGCAGGGGUGAGGUUCUCAGUCUCAUGAACAUCUACUCUGAUGACCAACACACCGCCAUUGAGCUCCUUGCUGCUCGUGUGCAUUCUUUGCCACCUUUCAUUUAUAUGGCAGGCGAUUUUAACUGCAUGUCCACGACUUGGGAUGACUAUGAGCAUGGUGAGUCAUCGACGGCAAUAUCCCUGCAGGACACUGCAUCUCAGAUCGGCCUUGAGUGGGCACGACCUUCUAACCAUGGACCGAUGAGGAUCAGUCCCAAUCCAUUCCAGAGAUCCAACAUAUUGGAUCUUGUAUUCUUAGCUCCGUCUGAGAUCUUAAUCUCGAUGCCCAGAUUGGAGCACAAGCUCCAGGGUCCAUCAGAUCAUAUCCUGAUCUGUACGGAUCUUGAUAUUGGUCCCGAACCACCUGGAUCUGGGCGUCGGACAAUUAAACCUGGAAGCAAGGCUGAAAAGUCUUUCAUUUUGGACAUUCUCCAGGAUCUUGCAGCUAUUCCUGUCGCAGCCCCGGUAACCAAGGAAGGCAUUGAAGCUUUAGCCAAUGCUAUCGCAAUGGCGUUCUCGGAUGCGUGGCUAGCCCACUCGACCGAGUCCAAACCUACCAAGCGCUCCAAGUCCUGGUGGACAGACGAGUCGGUGCUCGAUGGCAGGCCGCUCGCUAUCUACAAACACGCAUGCUACACAGCCUGGGUACUAAGUUAA